AUGACAGAACCCGAGGCAGAAAUCCAGGCCACUGCCAACCUCUCCCCUGUCUCCCCUUCGCCUGUUCACUCAGCUACGUCUUUGGCGGUUCCCGUGCUUCAAGAAACGGUGGACACCAUUGACGCCAUGGUCGCUGCCGCUUCUGCCGCUGCCGAUGCCGCCGCCGCCGCCGCCAACCGCUCAGUCAACAAUGGUCCUGGUUAUGAGCACAUCCUGGAGGCCGGUGAUGACAAUAUCGUAGAUGACGACAGCCUCAACGACCCUUAUGGCGAGGACGACGCAGAUGCCGUCGCCCAGCAAGUGCCGCGGCCACAGGUCGAGCAAGAGCUUCCCGACAGCAAUGACGAUUACGCAAAGACGUUUGAUUCGCCAAUUGGGCUGGAAGAGGGUGAAGACGGAGGCGUUCAACCACAAGAUGUAUCAUCGCUACUUCGAGAAUCCAACAAUUCUUCUCACCCAUCGCAAGUCUCCUAUGCUGUUCAUGAUCCGUCCUUCCUGGCCCAGCCACGCCAGCCUGCAGCAUCAGCUGCUUCCAAUGCUUCUUCUGAAGCUCGGGCUUCCGGCGCUGCGACUGCCACCACUUCCCAGCUUUCCAAUCUGCCGUCUCCAAGUACAGCCAAACUGAGUGGCAGCAGCACUACCGGCUCUACCAAUGCCUCUGACAUUCAAAAGCUGGUUGCUGAUCUCAUUGCGCCAGCCGACUCCAACCGUACCACAGAAUCGUUUGCCCCGUCUGCCACAGGUGAACAGUCCAACGAGUAUAGCAAUCCGUCUUCAGAUCUCCCGCCUUCAGCAUCCCUUCCACCGAGGCCUCCGCUGUCUCAAGCAGCGCCUCAGACGUAUGCCUCUCAGCACCAUCCAGGGGGCAUCAAUUCCAGCAUUCCCUCUAGCCUUGCCGCGCCACCGACGCCUGGGCAGCCGUCCACUUAUGUUGCUGCUGGCGCGCCUGUUGCAGUUCCUGAUGCUUUGGGUGAAUACUCGGUCCCGCUUGGCUCUGGUUUCCAAGCGCCUGUCGCCAUCACCUCCAUGAAUGCUCCUCCAUACCCGCCUCAGCCCAUCCCUAACAAUGCUGAUCAAGUGCAAGAUGCCGAAUAUCAGCGCCAGUGGGAUCAGUUCUUGGCUGAUGAGCGCCAGUACAUGUCAGAGGCCAAGUGGGACCGUUUUCCUGAAGGGUCACGCAUCUUCAUUGGUACACGAUCCGCCUCUGGCGCAUCCAAAAACGGCGCCCACAUAUUCUCUGCAGGCAACCUUUCCAGCGAUAAGGUGUCUAAGCGUGACGUUUUUGAUCUGUUCCACCGGUUUGGAAGGCUUGCUCAAAUUUCGCUGAAGUCGGCCUAUGGAUUCGUACAGUACCACACUAUAGAUGAAGGACAGCGGGCAAUGGACAAUCUUCAAGGCAUCGAAAUCAAGGGACGCAGAAUUCAUCUUGAAGUCUCGCGCGUCCAGGACAAAUCGAAAAAAGAAAGGGUUCGCAGUCCAGACAAAAACAAGAGCCGCGACAAUGGACGUCGGAACGAGCGACAUGGCCAUCAAGUCCGUGAUGAUUACCGAUCUAGUCGUGGCCAUUCCCCUCAUCGUAGUGAAUACGGAAGAGAUGAGUCGUACAGUCGUGAUCGGGGCUUUUAUGAUGGCAGCCGCGGACGUGGGCGUUCGCGCUCCCCAGGGUAUAGUCGUAAUGACAAUGACAAUUACCGUCGAAGGAGCCCAAGCCCAUUUGGAAGACCUCGACAUGGAAGUGAACCUGAGCUACCGGGAAGGAGAUAUGGUGCCGAUGUCCCUGAUGUUCAGAUCAUCCUCCAGCAAGAAAUCAAUCGCGAAUUUGUCAACUGGGUGAAACAAGCUUUCACCUCGAGGGGUUUGCGGUGCGAGGUUAUGUUUCUAUCCAGCAAGCUUCCCAAGGAUGCGGUUGUUCAGCAACAGGCAGCGGAAGGGGUGCACGCCGUUGUCGACCUCGACCUUCGGGCGCAGAGUCUGGCCAAGAUUGCCGUCCAGGCGUUUGAUCGCUCUGCCGGUUCCAACAACAUUCGCUUUAACCAGUAUGCGGAUCUGGAUCCUCCUACCGCAGCCGAAGUUGUUCUUCGUGCAAAGGCAUCAGCAGGCCCGCCCAGUUAUGGUCAACAGUAUGGUGCCAGUGGUUACAGCGUUGCUCCAUAUGGUGGCCAGCCCGCUUAUCAACCACCUGCGGCAAGCUUCGCCGCUCCUCCACCGCCAGGACAAUACGGACAACCUCCGCCUGCUCCAGUCAACGUUGCUAACAUUGCGAAUAUGAUGGGCCAGCUUGACCCCGCGUCACUGCAGCAAUUGCUUGCACAGGUUCAAGGUGGUGCUCAAAACCAUGCGCUCCCCCAAACCAGCCCGAUGGCGGCAGUGCCCCAUGCUGAUAUCCAUGCAUUGCUUGGAAGCCUGGGAGCAAAUCCUGCUACUCAACAACCUCAACCCCCGCCCCCUCAAGGCGCUUACGGGGCUUCUUAUGGGGUUCAACUUCCGCCAAAUGGGGCACCACCUAAUGGGGACUCGGCAGUUCAAGUACAGAACAUUAUGUCACAUCUGGCUAGGUACCGGCAGUGA